UGAUACCCUCACCAUCUCCAUCUCUUGACACAUUCACUGCUGAGGUUUAAACAGCCAUGCUCUCCUUUUCAACUCCCACCACUCUCUACCUGAGCCUCCUCCUCCUCUUUCUGUUGUGCCUCUCCCCUGCUCUUUCUUGUCAGACUGGGACUCAGAGCCAGUGUAUGUCUGCUCCCUUUGUGCCUGGUUAUGACCUGGCAGGGGAGGGCUUUGAUGUUGUUACACUUAAGCGAAAAGGAGCUUAUGUGAUUGAUGUGAAGACCUACCUCACUCCAAGCAAAACCUGUACACUCUGCACCAACCCUCAUAAAGGCGGCCAACUGCAGAAACUACCAGUCUCUACUUUGGACUGGCGUACAUUCAACCGCUGCAGUUUUCGUCUCGAGGACAGUGAACACACCUCCAUCAGUUCACUGGUCAGCACAUACACCGACCAGAGCAGCAUCGACUGGAAGGUUGGACUGGAUAUUGAGAAGCUUGGCAACCUGGAGUUUGGAGGAACAAGAUCUACAGCAUACAACUUUGCUGUAACCAAGAAGAGAGAGGAUCGCUACACCUUCAGCACACAUAUAAUCACCUGUAAACAUUAUAGUUACCGUGUGUCCAACAGCCCUCCUCUCAGUGCUGAGUUCAGUAAAGAUGUGGCCAGACUCCCAGCUACCUACAGCAAUGCAACCAAAGCCCAGUACAGACACUUCAUAGACACAUACGGCACACAUUAUAUUCGCCAGGUUGAUCUUGGAGGGCAGUUCAGGCGAGUCACGUCUACACGUACCUGCUUGUCCAGUCUGAAUCAUCUUACUUCAUCCCAGGUACACGACUGCUUGUCAUUGGGUGUCAAGGUAGGCCUGGGGAAUGUUAAUCUGGGUCCUUCUUUUAACUUAUGCGCCUCAGUCCUAAACAACCAAGGUGUCUCUGUUAUGUACGCCUCUGGUCUUCACGGUCAUUAUUCAGAAGUGGUAGGAGGCAGAGGCUGGACUGGGGAGUUUUCACUCACCAGAAAUGACUCACUGGGCUACCAGAAUUGGCUAAAAACCCUCAUAGAUCAACCUGAUGUGGUUUGCUACUCUCUAAGACCACUGUAUGAACUGGUGCAAACGUCAGCACGGAAUAAAGGACUAAAGGCUGCAAUAGAGCAGUACUUAAAAGACAACAGCAUCAGUCGAUCAAACACACAGUCGUACUGUAGCAGCAGUGGUCCCAACCUGGAUUCCAACUGUUGUCCUAAAGAGAUUCAGAAAGGAACACUGAGGAUAACAAUGAUCCAAGCCUCUGGUCUGAAAGGAGAUUUUUGGGGCAAGACUGACGGAUAUGUUAAGAUCCAGUUUCAAUCGCAAAAAUUCCAGACCAGUGUGAUCGAAUCUAACUCCCCCUCCUGGACCACCAAUUACAUUCUGGAAAAUGUGGCAACAAGCUCGCCUCUGAUGAUUGAAGUCUGGGACGAGGAUGUGUUCUUUGAUGACCACCUGGGAUCGUGUGUGAAGUACCUGACUCAAGGUACAAACACAAUCAGAUGCUCACUUCAAAAAGGCGGCACUGUUGAGGUCCAGUAUACUCUGACAUGUGACAGACACCUGACUGGAUCCACCUGUAACCAAUACCAACCAUCUUCACAAUGAAAACGCAUUCUGGCUGGCACACACUAUGGAAAUGCUGGUAGCUUAUCUUUAAUCAAGUAUCAUGUCAGGUUGGGUGAUAACAUUCUUUAUGUGCAAUAUAUAAAGAAUAAUAAUUGGGCACAAAAUUAACACAUACCAUGCACUUAGAGUUACAGCUAAUUUGAUGUGUCAUAUAGUCUGAGGCAGACAGUCAUCUUGUUUAAUCCUCAUUUGAUUUUGGUGGUGGGUCCACAUUCAAAUCACUUUGUGUAUUCAUUAAAGACACUUGUGAUUAUUUUCUGAAUUAUGUGUAAAAAUGGUCAGGCCUCUUCAUAAGUAUGAUUACAAAUGCAUUCUUGUGUGUCAUUCUUGCAAAAGCCUUCAUAACAUGCAAAUAUUUUAUGUAUAUUUUUCAGUUCUUUGAUUUGUAACAAGUAUAUAAAACAUUAAGUUUAGCAAUGCUUGCAUGGGUCAUAUUUAGGGACUUAAUGUAUCAUUUAUAAUAAUGCUGAUUAUAAAGAAAUAAAUGUGAGUUCUGAUUAAUUGA